AUGUUGCGCCGUUCUCUGGCUGUUUUUGGCAAGAAAGCCGCCCCUCCAUUCAAGUACGUCCCGCUUGUUCCGCACGUCUCCCAUGAGGACACAAAGUUUCGUCUGUUGACGAAGGACUACGUUUCUCUCGUGAAACCAGGCUCUGGCCUGCCGGAGAUCCUGCGGGUGGAGGUGGAGGGGCUGACGCAGCUAGCCGUGGAGGCGAUUGGCGAUGUGCAGCAUCUUCUUCGGCCCUCACACCUCGCCUGUCUGCGGCGAAUCUUUGACGACCCGGAGGCCAGCGACAAUGACCGGUUUGUCGCGCUGCAGCUUCUGAAGAAUGCCAACAUUGCGGCAGGUCGCACCCUUCCCGGGUGCCAGGACACGGGCACGGCAAUUAUUGCAGGCUACAAGGGUGAACAGGUGUUCACAACCGGCGACGACGGCGAGGCGUUGAGCCGUGGGGUGCACAAGAUUUACACCACCACCAAUCUGCGCUACAGCCAAAAUGUCCCGCUCACCAUGUUUGAUGAAAAGAACACUGGGUCGAACCUGCCCGCCCAGAUCGACCUAUACGCGACAAAGGGGCAGGAGUACAAGUUCUUGUUUGUGACAAAAGGCGGUGGCUCGGCAAACAAGACGUACCUGUUCCAGGAGACGAAGUCGGUGCUUAACCCGAAGUCCCUUCGUAUGUUCUUGGAGGAGAAAAUCUCCACCAUUGGCACCUCCGCCUGCCCGCCGUACCACGUGGCCGUCGUCGUGGGUGGUACAAGUGCGGAGAUGACCAUGAAGACAGUAAAGUACGCCACUUGCAAAUACUACGACAACUUACCCACGAAACCGGACGAGUCAAAGGGUUACGCCUACCGCGACCUUGAGAUGGAGGACGUCGUUUUGAAUAUCUGCCGCAACCUUGGCAUGGGGGCCCAAUUUGGAGGAAAGUAUUUUGCGCAUGACGUGCGCGUGAUUCGUUUGCCUCGUCAUGGCGCAAGUUGCCCCAUUGGCAUCGGUGUAAGCUGCAGCGCCGAUCGUCAGGCACUCGCAAAAAUCAACAAGGAGGGAAUCUGGGUUGAACAACUUGAGACAGAUCCUGCAAAGUACCUCCCGGAGGUCACAGAGGACCAGCUGUUCAAGACACCACCCGUGAAGGUUAAUCUGAACAUGCCCAUGGAUAAGAUUCGCGCAGAGUUGUCAAAGUAUCCCGUCAAGACACGCCUCAGCUUGAGCGGCACCAUCAUUGUCGCCCGCGACAUUGCUCAUGCACGCAUGCGGGAAAUGCUUGCAGAAGGGAGACCGUUACCCGAUUACAUGAAGAACCACCCUGUGUACUACGCAGGACCGGCAAAAUGUCCAGAAGGUAUGCCUUCUGGUUCCUUUGGUCCAACGACAGCGGGACGCAUGGACGUAUUUGUGGACCUCUUUCAGGAAAACGGCGGCUCGUUUGUUAUGCUCGCGAAGGGAAACCGCAGUCGACAAGUAACAGAGGCGUGCAAGAAGCACGGCGGUUUUUAUCUCGGCAGCAUCGGUGGCCCUGCCGCGGUUCUCGCAACAGAGUCCAUUCGCAAGGUGGAGGUACUUGACAUGGAGGAGUUGGGUAUGGAGGCGGUGUGGAAGAUUCAGGUGGAGAACUUCCCUGCCUUCGUCGUCGUGGACGACAAGGGCAACGACUUUUUUCAGCAGCUCAAGUGA